AUCAAAAACUGAAUUGACUAAUGUGCCUUUGAAGCUUUUUGGACACCUUUCAAUUUUUAUCCAAAAUCUCAGCCGAAUAGUUCGAAAAAAAUUUUUGAAAAAAACUUUGACGGCGAAAACUGCAAAAUACGAGUGCAUUUCCUUGGUUUUCGCUACCUGUUUCAGAAAAAUUAAUUAUCACAACAACGAAACAAUAUUUUGCAAAAACUCAUCCGUAAGUUUUUUCAUGCCGCUAUGGCGAAUGUAACCGUGCAAAAUAUUGGCUUCAUCUCUAUUUUAAAAGAAAGAGUUGAUUCCUUCGACAGACACCGAUGAGGUAUUCCACUAUGGGCGAAAAAUCUAAAUUUUUUAUGGUCAUAUAAUAUUUGAAUGGCAUUGAAACUAUUUUUUCUAGAUGGAGUUUUUCAUGUAGAAUUAGAGGAAAAGCUUUCAAAGCUCUAAAACUUACUGGGUUUAAGAUUUACGUUCAGUUUUUAAAAUGUAGACCGUUUUUUAAAAUCUUAAAUUUUAAUUUUUUUAAAAUGUUCAAUCCUCAGAAAUUUGUUGGAAGGCUAAAACACACAUAUUCUGAUUCAUCUCGAUCAGCUCUAUCGAUCCAUGUAAAAAUAUCGAAAACUAAAAUGCGCUCAAAUUUUGAAUUUCCGAUGCCUUAAGUAUAAAGAUUUUUAUUUGAAGCAACAAAAAACCUCAAUUUAUCUAUCGCUCAAACGAUUUCACGCAUAUUUUUUGUUUAAACUCAAAAAAUUGAUUUAGUUUUGACUUAGUUGUUAAUCAAAUUUUUUUCCUAAACGUUUACUUAUAAUUCAACUGACACCACUAUGUCUAGAAGCAGUUUUCUCCCGAUAAUAAAUAAAUCAUAAGAAUUCCUCAUGUGUGAGAUGAGAGAGUUAUCUUUUACUACUUUUCCUUUUAGUAAUACUUUAUUUUGAAAAAAAUUUCUAUUUUUUCUGUUAUCAGUUUCCUGAAUCUUCUGAUAAGGCAGAUGAACAACCUAUUCGAAUUAAAAUAACAUCGAGUACAUCUCAAAACGAACAUGACAGCACCACUACAAGAUGCAAAGACACUCUGUUGAAAACUGAAACAGCUUCUGAUUUACUUGGCGCCAACAUCAAAAAAGCGUUCAAGUGUGUGAUUGAAAAACAUCAUGAAAUUCAAAUGGAUCAGUCCGAUUUGAAAAUACUAUUGAAACAAAAGGAAUUGCGUGAAACAGCGAAGUCAGUCAAAUUUACCAAGCGUGACUUCAAGGUGGCCAAAGUAAUGGCUAAGAAUAUUAAACAAAUCAAUAAGUACUGUUCUAUUCGAUUCAAAAACAACAGAUUUUCUGAAUCAGUUAUUCGUAAUCGAGGAAACGUAUUAUUAACAAGCGGUGGCUUUUGUUCUUUCAAAAUGUGUCCUUUUAAGUUUGUUGUUCAUGUAAAAGAAAAUGGAGAAAUGAUUAUGGAUUGCACAGGAGCCAUUAUACACACAGGAACUGCAUUUCACGCUAGACCAAUACGUCGGGAUGAGCGUCAAGUAUUACAUGAUGAAUUAGCUAUGAGUGCCAGCGCAACUGGAAUGUUUAAUAAAAAGUUGUUAGCCACACCACAAGAUGUUCUGAGCGCUCGUAAUUUGGAUGAUGUAGGAAAAAAUCCAAAUCUCUACCACAAAAUAGCAUCAUACAAUCAUAAAGAAGCACUGUGUCUUUUUUUUAUUUGA